AUGAAUGACGAUGACCUCAUCAAUCAGGUAUACCGAAAGAUUGAGAGGGAGAAGGUCCUUAUCAACGCCGCAAACAACAUGCGCCAAUCCUCAAAUCCACAAGUGCAGCAGAGCUUGGAUUCCCAAAUAAGAGAGUCACGAAAGGGGAUAGACUAUCUUGAAGAAAGAAUGAGAGAACUACAGAUGCGAAGGAUGGAGGCAAUGGGGUCGGGAAGCAGUGGUGGACCUCAACCUCCAGCACAUGGGGGCUUAUCACCUCAGCAAAGAGGAGCGCGGAACGCACAAAGGCCAGUCGGACCAACACCUGCACCUAGGGAUGGAGGAGCACGUUUUGGUCAAGAUUCUGGUGACUACGGAGAUCCGGGUAAUGGAGGAUACAUGAACGACAUGAGCGGAGGCCACGGCAUGAUGCCUCCACGAGCCCCAUUCGGUCCUCCUGGUCCGGGGUCUACAACACCCAAAACGAGGCCGAACUAUACAAAACUUGACCUAAUUAAAUACGACACUGCUUAUCUAGGACCCCGAAUACAGCUUAUGCUCUCCCAGCUAGAGUUCAAACUGAGCGUUGAAAAACAAUACAAGGAUGGCGUGGAAAAGAUGGUCAGGCUCUACCAAGAUGAGGGGGACAGGAAGAGCAAAGCCGAUGCAGAGGCCCGACGAAUAGAGAGCAACCAGAAGAUCCAGCUCCUGAAACAGGCUUUAAAGAGGUACGAGGACCUGCACGUAGACAUGGAAAGCACCAACGAUGCGCCAGAUGAUGACAGCUUGAAUUCCCCAAACAUGCGGAAGCCCUUGACAGGUCUCCUCUCCAUGACCGUACAUGCCGUCAAGGAUGUAGACCAUGUCGCCAUUGGGAGGCUUGCUCGGAGCCCAGAGACGUUUGUCGUGUUGAAGGUUGAAGAUACGGUCAAAGCGAGAACGAAGAGUACGAGGAUCGACAAGUGGACCGACGAGGUUCACCAGAUCGACAUUGACAAGGCCAACGAAAUCGAAUUGACUGUGUACGACAAAUCCGGAAGUCACCCGACACCUAUAGCCAUGCUGUGGAUUCGGAUAUCUGAUAUUGCGGAAGAGAUGAGACGUAAAAAGAUUGAAGCGGACUUGGGCGGUGGUUGGGCAACAGCAGACAGGAUGGACAAUCAAGGGAUGCAAAACCGACAAGAUUCUGCGUACUCAUCGUUGCAACAAUCACAGGGCCGUGAACAGCGGGAUUCAAGAGGCUCAUCGGCACAGGCUUCCUACAACGCAGCCCAGCCUCCUUCAAAUCCUGGAGAUGUCGACGCAUGGUUUGCUCUGGAGCCCGUGGGAAGGAUUCAAUUGACUUUGAGCUUCACUAAACAACUCAAAGACCGAAGACCCUUCGACAUUGGUCUCAACCGUAAAGGCGCCAUUCGCCAGCGCAAAGAAGAAGUCUAUGAGCUUUAUGGCCAUAAGUUUGUGCUCCAGCAGUUCUACAAUAUCAUGCGUUGUGCCCUUUGCGGGGAGUUUCUAAAAUACUCCGCCGGUAUGCAAUGCGAGGAUUGCAAAUAUACGUGCCACAAGAAGUGCUACUCCAAGGUGGUCACCAAAUGUAUCAGCAAAUCUAAUGCGGAAACCGACCCGGAUGAAGAGAAGCUCAACCAUCGUAUUCCACACAGAUUCGAGAACUUUUCCAACAUGGGGGCCAAUUGGUGCUGCCAUUGUGGCUACAUCCUGCCACUGGGUCGCAAAAACAAGAAAUGCUCUGAAUGCGCUCUCAGCUGCCAUGCACAAUGCGCUCACCUUGUGCCUGACUUCUGCGGCAUGUCGAUGGAAGUAGCCAACCAGAUCCUAGUACUUUCGCGAGAAACCAAGAAUUUGCAAGGACAGCGACCUUCCAAACCCACAAAUCUGAGCGAAAGGACCUUGAGGCCAAGCGCUGGACGCCCAAGUCCUGCCCCUCAACCGUCUUUUAGACCAGCGCCAGCAACAGAACAGCUCAGCACGCCGGCUACCGACCCCCGAAGAUCACACGGUCAGGAAGAGCAGCUGUAUAGCCAGCCUCCUCCAGCUCCACAGUAUGGAGGACCAUCGGGCGCAGCUCAGAGUGCUGCCAAGAAUGCAACAUAUAGUGGCGAGGGCCUGCCACAGCAACGUCGACCUCAGCAGCCUCCCCGCACUGCUUCGUCCCAAGUGGCCAUUGAUGCCGCUUCUAAGUCCAUGGGUUUCAACAACAAAAGAGACUGUCAUCGCCCAGAUCGAAUACAACCACUGACUUCAGCUCACUUUCUGGCAUGCCCGGUGCAGGCUAUCCAUCUAUGGAUGAAGGGCCACAACAACCUCCGCAAGCCACCUAUAAUCCGAAAGACUAUGCAGGCUACGGUGGUUACCCUUCGCAAGCGCCUCCUGCCUCUGUCGUCCAGCCUCCACAACAGCAGCCCAUUUUCCAAGAGCCAACCAGAACACAGCAACAAAACCAGCAAGUCGUCAAGGCGCUACCUGCAAGCGAAGCCGCCCCUCAACAGGGUAUGGGAAGGCGCAUUGGGCUUGAGCACUUCAACUUCCUUGCUGUGCUCGGGAAGGGUAAUUUUGGUAAGGUUAUGCUGGCAGAAACAAAAGCUACAAAGAAGCUUUACGCCAUCAAGGUCCUCAAGAAAGAGUUCAUCAUCGAGAAUGAUGAAGUAG